GUGGCGGCUAGCCGGGAAAAUGGCGGCUUCGGGAGAGAGUGGUGCUUCUGGCGGCGGAGGUAGCACAGAGGAGGCAUUUAUGACCUUCUACAGUGAGGUGAAGCAAAUAGAGAAGAGAGAUUCAGUUCUAACGUCCAAAAAUCAGAUUGAAAGAUUGACUCGUCCUGGUUCCUCUUACUUUAAUCUGAACCCAUUUGAGGUUCUUCAAAUAGAUCCUGAAGUGACAGAUGAAGAAAUAAAAAAGAGGUUCCGCCAGUUGUCUAUCUUGGUGCAUCCUGACAAAAACCAGGACGAUGCUGACAGAGCACAGAAGGCUUUUGAAGCUGUGGACAAAGCUUACAAGUUGCUACUGGAUCAGGAGCAAAAGAAGAGGGCCCUGGAUGUAAUUCAGGCAGGAAAAGAAUACGUGGAACACACUGUGAAAGAGCGAAAAAAGCAACUAAAGAAGGAAGGGAAGCCUACGAAUGUAGAGGAAGAUGAUCCCGAGCUGUUCAAACAGGCAGUCUACAAACAGACCAUGAAGCUGUUUGCUGAGCUGGAGAUUAAAAGGAAAGAGAGAGAAGCCAAAGAAAUGCAUGAGAGGAAGCGACAGAGAGAAGAGGAGAUCGAAGCCCAGGAAAAAGCCAAGCGAGAAAGAGAAUGGCAGAAAAACUUUGAGGAAAGUCGGGAUGGUCGAGUGGACAGUUGGCGAAAUUUCCAGGCAAAUACAAAGGGCAAGAAGGAGAAGAAGAAUCGGACCUUCCUGCGGCCACCGAAAGUCAAGAUGGAGCAGCGGGAGUGAGCGCAGACCAUGGCGGAGCCUCCCUGGCCAGAGUCUCCCCACUGCCUCCUCCUGCUUCAAGGACUCACUUUCUCCGCCUCCCCCAACAUAGAGUAGCCAUUGCUUUUUAGUCUAUUUUGUUUUCAAUACAAUUUAAUAUCAAUCAGAGUAAUUCUUUGUACAUUGAGGGGAGGGGCUUGGUCUAACCUCCCAUCCUCACCCACGGAACCACCAGGAUUGGAAGGAGCUCCUGACUCCUGCCGCCGCCUUUUCCCACAGCCUGUAACUUAAUGUUUUAUAUUUGAAUUGUGGUGGCUUGAAGGUCAUGUAUAGCUUGUGGAAAUCUUCCAAUUAAAUGUCUUGCUUUCAGUGGUAUCACCCCGACUUCAGAUAACCCUGGGCCACCUUGGGAAGCCAUCCUUGAGGCCCUCGCUCCAAUAGGAAAGGCAUGGUGGACUCACACAGCAGUCACUUGUCCUGACACCCUGUGGUGUUUGGCACGAGGCUCCCAGCCACUUAAACCUGUUCACUUUCCAAAGAGUUUGCCAUCUUCCAGCCUGUCCCGUUGUGUCCUCGCUUGUCUGCAUUCAUUAGCGGUAAUAUUCUUUUACGUAUAAUAAAUUUUUAUACCCAA